CCGGAAUUUAUUGUGGAUCUCAAAGCACUGCUGACGGCUUUGUCGGGCUCUCUGCAAAGUAGUGGUGCCAUUAUUAUUUCAUUAAGCAGACAAACAAGGAGUACAGAACGAUACCUAAGUUCGCUUAUCAAGAAAAUGAUGGAGUUUUUAGCAGACAGAGCGCCGACGGAGUUAGACCCCGCAGAGUCAAAGAAGAUCGAGUCGUAUGCGAAAGUUAUCUGUGACAGCGAUGGUUAGCUGGGUCAAGUUUCUAGGUCAACAGCAGUUCUUUGCUGAGAAGCACCGAUCAUGCUCUUUAUGUCUCUGAAUUACUUCUUCAAAUGAAUCAGCAACGUGCGUCAUUUGUUUGCUGAUUCUGAGAAAAUUUCUCGCUACUUGAAACAUUCAAGAAAAGGGAAAAUUUGCAUUCACCUGGACGGCAGCGCGAAGCUUUUUCCGGUCACAGAAAAGAGCUAAGGUCGCAGCAUCCUGCGUACAUUAGCUGCCGUAAGGUGGAAUACUCUUGGUUCUGUUAACAAAAAAGAAAAAGAAAACGCAGCUCGCAAAAAAGGGAAACUUAAAGCAUCCAGAGAGAGAGAGAGAUAAAACUAGAGAUGAUCUCUGAGGAAACGUGCCAAGAAUACCGAGCCUCCAAGAUAAGUCAGUGCGAGAGAAAAAAAAAAGAAAGCUGUCAAAACGGAGGGCGGAAUCGGAAACACGAACAAAUAAGAAAUGUUCUAUUUUUUAUGGAAAUUACUUCAAGAAAGAAAGAAAGAUAGAACAGUCAUAGGAAGUUCCAUAAAUAAAUAAAUAAAUAAAUAAAACGGCAAUUACGAAGGGUCGUAGAAAUGUCCCAAGCUGGAAACACGGGAGGGAGGCGGUCGCAGAAAGAGGAGCAAGAAGACACAUCGAGAGUAAAAUAAACGAUAAAAGGAAAGAUGCGGUGGGGGUCGGUGAGGAACAACGAGGUGAGCCCCGAGACGUGAAAAGCUCUCGCAAAUCAGCGCGCUCACCCUCUCCACCACACCUCCUCUCUCCCUCCCUCCCUCCCCUCACGCCCUCUCCCAGUGCGCGGAAGUAGGCUCUCGCCCCCGCGGAGAGCGAAACCCGGCUUCGGAGCAGCGGCCUGUAGCCGGCAUCGCUCCUCCCGCGCUUCGGUCGGCCCCCGGUUCGUUCGGUGAAGAUGCCGUUGCGGACCCGUCCGCACGGACUUGUGCGGGCCAUGUUGUUUCGGUUCCUCUGCGCUUUGGUGCUGCUGGACGCGGGCCCACUCGCGUGGGCCUUCAACGUGGACCUACCUUCGGCCCUCGUGCACCGGGGUCCCAAAGGAUCCAUGUUCGGAUUUGCCGUCACAGUGCACAGGGACCGCGGAUUCAACUUGCUUUUGGUGGGUGCACCGGACGCCCUGGCGGAGCAGCGAAAUGUUCGAGAAGGCGCUGUGUACCGCUGCCGCACCGAGGCGUCCGCCAGAUGCGAGACUGUGUCGUUCGACAGGCUCGGAACCACCGAGGCUCCACUGGGGCGAUACCAGGAGCGGACGGACGACAAGUCCGGCCAAUGGCUCGGCGCCACGCUGCACAGCGCCGGAGAGAAUGGCAGCAUCGUGGCCUGCGCGCCCCGCUACGUGUACUUCUCGGUGAACCAGAGGCGGCGUGAGCCCGUGGGCACGUGCUUCGUGUGGCGCAGCUCCGUCGCCGGCUUCAAGGAAUACUCGCCCUGCAAGACGUCCGCCUGGGGUUACCACAGGCAAGGAUACUGUCAAGCCGGAUUCUCCGCGGCUAUUUCCAAGGAUAAUCGUCGCUUGUACAUUGGAGCCCCAGGAAGCUGGUACUGGCAAGGCCAGGAAUUCAUGCAGGACCUGGUGGACGUGAGCCAGAAGUUCAACACGUCUGAGUCACCUUCCUCGGAUGACGACAGCUUUCUCGGCUAUUCCACCGCCGUGGGCAAGUUCUCCGGUGGAAACGACUACGAUGUGGCUGUCGGUAUACCCCGUGGCGAAAGCCUCUCCGGCAAGGUAGCCCUGUACACCAGCCAGUUCCGGUCUCUGGGCAACCUGACGGGAGACCAGAUGGGCGCCUACUUCGGCUACGCGCUGGCCACGGUGGACCUCAACGGAGACGGGCUGGAUGACCUGGUUGUGGGCGCUCCCCUUUACACGGCACUCGACCUCAAGGAUGGCAGCUACGAAAGGGGUCGCGUGCACGUCUACCUGCAGAAGGCGACGAAAAAGCUGGAACGCGCAACAUUUCUGGACGGUGAUCAAACAAAAGGACGCUUCGGCAUGUCUCUUUGCUCUUUGGGCGACCUGGACCGCGAUGGUUAUCAAGAUUUCGCCGUGGGUGCCCCUUACGCUGGACCGGACUCCCGAGGCGCCGUGUACAUCUUCUUGGGCGGGCCUCACGGCAAGCCGUCCGCUCCCUCCCAGGUGAUCUCUGCCGAGGAGAUCACGCGGGGCAUCAGCACAUUCGGCUUCUCUCUCGCCGGAGGACUCGACAUGGACGGCAACGAGUAUCCCGAUCUGCUGGUUGGAGCGUACGAAUCGGAUGCUGCGGUGUAUCUUCGGAGCCGCCCCGUGGUGGAUCUGCAGGCGACGCUCAAUAUCGACGGCGACAACAUCGACCUCGAGGACACCAACUGCACCCUCAGGGACGGCACAAGGGUGCCAUGUUACGUCAUGACUGUAUGUUUACAGUACAGUGGCUUGGGUGCGGCGCCUUCAAUAGCGGUCUCGUACGAGCUGGCGCUGGACACGGAACGCAAAGGACCCGCGCGCGCCUUUUUGCUCGAGCAGCAGAACAGCCUGGUGCGCAACAGGACCGUCCGGCUCGCCAAGGACACGCCGUACUGCAACUCGGAGAGAGCCUACGUCCUUAAAACUAUUCGGGACAAGCUGACACCGAUCACAAUGCGGCUGCGCACGGAGCUCAUCCAGACUGUGAGGUCUCAGUCGCUUCUCAUGCCUGUGCUUAACGGUAGCAGGCCCGCCAACGUCACGAAGGACGUCCAAAUCCGGAAAAACUGUGGCGGUGACGGCGUAUGUGUUCCAGAUCUAAAGCUGAGGGUUACGCCCAACAUGGAAGAGUUCCUGAUCGGCAGCACGGGUAACGUAGAGCUCUCGGUCGCCAUUGACAACCGCGGUGAGGAUGCCUUCGAGGCCAUGAUGUUCGUCGCCAUCCCGCCGGACCUCAACUACGUCAAGGUCGACAAAGGCAAGCUGGAUUCGGUGACGUGUGGCGGGGCGCUGAAGCAGGCGUCGGGUGAGAGCCAUCUGGCGUGCGACGUACAGAACCCGCUCCCUGCGGGGAAGAAAGUGCGCUUCAAGGUCAUCCUGGCCCCAGCCAGGCUCGUGCCCACCGCGGCCGAGCUCAACAUCACCGUGCAAGUGAACAGCACCAACCCCGAAGUAGAAGCGGCCUCCAAGGACAACAGCCUCGUUGUUCGACUUCCGGUCACAGUCAAAGUCAACAUGACUGCCAGAGGGACUUCGUUCCCAGCCGAAGUGUACCUCAACAUGUCUCUCAUCGAGGACAAGGAGGUUCAAACUUCGGCUGACAUCGGACCGCCGGUCAAGCACGUUUACGAGCUGAUCAACCGUGGCCCGAGCGUGGUGCAAGAGGCCGACGUGUACCUGGUGUGGCCGACGCACAACGUGCACGACCAGCCGCUGCUGUACCUGCUCGAGCCUCCCACGGUUCAGGGCCCCGGCAACGCGGCCAAACGGAGACCCUGCGACGUCAUCUCGCCUGAGGCACCUGGCGAAGCCGUCGACCCUAGGCGUCUAGCGGGUUCAUCGAGAAGGCCCAGGGACACUUCUUCGGCUGCGGUCCGGGUGCACCGUGAUAUCAGGGACAACGAACUGGAAUCUGAAUUGGGCUGCGGCGAGCUGCCCCGCUGCGCCGUGUUCCGCUGCCCCCUGGGCGGCUCGCUGUCGGCGGGCGACCGGGCCGUCGUCAGCGCCGAGUCUCGCCUGUGGCAGCGCACGGCGGCCGCCAUGGGCCAGGAGCGGCUGCGGGUCUCCUCGAAGCUGGUGGCGCGCGUCGCCUCCCUCCAGUACGGCCUGGCGCCGGACAACGUGCCCCUCACGCAGCACUUCGUCUCCACAGAGGUCGUGGUGGAAGGCAUUGGCACGCCGGGCCGGGGUCUCGAGUGGUGGAUCAUCCUGCUGGCCGUUCUCGGAGGCCUGCUGCUGCUCGGCCUGCUCGCGCUGCUACUGUGGAAGUUGGGCUUCUUCAAGAGAAAAAGGCCGCAGGACCAGGAACCCCUCAACCCACCGGAGAAGAAUGGCUAUCGACUGGCCCAGGGUGACGAAGCCCUGUGAUUUGGCGGCAACCGUCGAACUCGAUCCGUACAUGGUUCACAAGAAGGCGACGACGGGCGGUCUUGUCAGGGUCUUUCAAAGGACCUCGGCCUGUAUUAUCUCCGGCAACUGAAUUCAGUGCCUGCUGCCCCGACACUGAGACAGCGCGUACUGCAAUCUUCAUGCGCGACUGUAGGCUGGAGCGGUGUCAGAGUGCCUCUGAAUGGCUAUCGGAACAAAUACGAUUGCUUCUGCCAAGAACUACCGCUAGUUUUACAUUAAUACUGUUAAACAAACUGCAGUUGCACUUGGCUGAAUGACCCGAAGCAAAAAUAAAACCGAGAAAAUGUCUAAUUUUGAAGAAUAGGAAGAAGGGUCCCUAUAGGCGCGUACGCUUUGAAGUUGAAAUACGUCACGACUUCUCCGUUUUAAGAAGAGGUUACGUGGUUCAAAUAAAGUGCGUGAGUCAAUGUGUGUUAUAAAUGAGACAAAGGCAAGCAUUUAAUGCAUUUCGUAGGGAUUUGAGGGCUUUAUUCGGGCCAGAUAAAAAAAAAAGCAAAUUGUACCGCAUUCGAUAAAAAGUCGCAGAACGCCUCGAGCUAUAGCCCAAGGGCAAGCUGGCUAACAUUCCUUCGAUUACCUCCGAAGGCGACAUUGGGUUUUUAAUUAUUGCGAAGGAACAGAGAUUUCUUAUUUCCGGUUCCUCACAAACAGGAAUGCAAUAUCUUAUGAUUUUAGUUUUCAUGCCCUGUCCCUAUAUUGGCAAAGGCAAACAUUUAUUUAAAUAAUUUCCUCGUUCUCUGAAGAGAUGCACGAAACGUAAAGCUUGACAGCUUAGCUUGCAGUAUAAAAAGAUAUCCUCCGUUCAUCUCGAUUUCCAGCCAGGCUAACGCUAGCGGGAACGCUCUUAUGUUUUCAACCAUGCUAGCAGACGAAAAUCGAAAUCUUUCAAGUCAGUAAAUUUUAGUAGAUCCGUGUGAAAGAGGCAAUCAAAUGCCAGAUAAAAAAGUAGGAAGGAUCAGCGUUGGUACUCUUGAGCUCUGCAGGCCGUUUUUUAUAUCGUCAUUGUUAUAAUUUUGUUUUCUCUAUCAAACUAUGUUUUGUGCUUCGUUCAUGAUACUUUCUCACUCAUUUCUGGACGUGUCCAUUUUAACACAGCUUCAUGUCAGAGCCCAAAAUUACGAUGUGCUAGCUGUGUGAUCGAUCGGAGCUUGCGCAAUGGCGACCAUACAAGGUCUGUCCGACUGUAGAACCACGUGGUUUAUGGACAGACCAGGAAGGUGCAUUUAUCAUCAUUAACGUCAAGUGAAUGAGACUGCUUUUCGGAAAGUUGUGCCGGCGCUGGUGCAAUAAGUGCGGCAGGGCCUCUCAAGCACGCUGUGGCUUGGCAGCAGAUCUCAUGAUUCGUGUUGUGCGCGCUUUCUAUUUAUUGGGCUGUUAUCGACCGGGAGUGAGUUUUCCGACCGAAAAGGCCCGGCUGACACUGCCGUCAUGGCUCAAAAUAAAACAGUUUUGUUCGUU